AUGAAAGUAUAUGUCGUAAGUCGAACUAAAUAUUUCGACAUAUUUUAUAUAGGUUAGUUUAGCUUUCAGUGUUUUGACCUAAUCAUAAUGGUUAUAAUGACCUAUUUGGGAAUAAUAACCAAUCGGUAAAUUUGCCUGAACCAAAAACAUUGGUUAAAUUAACCUAUUUUUAUUGGUUGCAAAACUUGACCUGAUAAUAAUAAGUUAUUUUAACUAAUUUAAAUCGGUUCUAACCCAUCCAAUUGGUUAAAACAACCUUUAAUUAUUGUUUAUAACCUUUAGAAAUAGGUUGUUUUAACCUAUCAGUUUUUACAGUGAAUCCGCAAAAAUAUAUCCGCUGGAUUAUAAACCGUAUAAUUUGGUCUUCAUUUGGUCACAAAAGAUAUUCAGUCCAGUUUUUUUAGAGAUAAACAGCGCGUAUGCUUACAUUUCCCCAACGAAGUAUUAUACAGCACAAUAGAAAACGGACAGGACUCCCAAAAGUAAUUACCUUAUUAGGCAGGCGUUAAUUCUUCGCUCUAAUUUGUGUUUUUUUACAGCUAUAUCCCUCAGAUUACAAGGGCCAUUAAGAGCAAAUGGCACUGGUCGUGUUGAAGUAUUUUACCAAGGACAAUGGGGUACAAUCUGCGACGAUAAUUGGGAUAUAGAUGAUGCUAGGGUUGUUUGUUUACAACUUGGAUAUUACGUAUACGAUGGCAUUAAAGCUCUGGGAGGAAGCGAUGUUCCUGAUGGAACUGGACAGAUAUGGCUAGAUGAUGUCGCUUGCACUGGAAGUGAAGAAAAUUUGAGCAAUUGUUCUCAUAGUGGAUGGGGAAAUCAUAAUUGUAGGCACAGUGAAGACGCGGGAGUUGUAUGUCCAUUAAUAGGUAUAAUAAUGGGAUUAUUUUCAGUAUCAAAAGCCUUAAGGUAGAAGUGUGAUACUAAGUAUGAUUUAUCGGGCACUCAUCACCUGACCCUGUCAUGAUCAUGGAGCGAAUAUACACAGUAUUUAACCAUUAUUUCCAGAAAUGGAAAUGAAUGAUGCAAGGAUAUUCGCCAAGACGCAAAGCGUGAAUGGUGAAUAUCUGCCCCAUUGGCGAAGCUAUCCAUAGUAACUGGUCUUGCUAUGCUAAUAAACCAGCGUCUAAAUAAGUUAAAAACAAUGCAAUUGUACAAGCUGGCAAUGGGAUAAUACAAAUAAUUCAAGUUUGCAUGGCAUGACCAGUUGUUAUAUCUAUCUCGCCAGGGACCUGUCCACUAUUAACUAUAACGCUGAGGUAAAUUAUUGUCCGAGUCAACGGUGCGAAACAGCGUUCCGGGCAUAAACCCAGGGCGAAGCUACUAAUCCUGCCCGGAUAUAUACAUCUGGGGAAAGGAAAUACUAGGGAAGUCUAAAGUUUAUCAAAUAUCGCGGGCGCAUGGCUACGGUUCACUGUUCAUGGGUUCAUACAGCGAACUGUUGUGAAUAGCGAACACUGAUUGGUUAAAUUUGAAAUUUGCAUGGAAACGACUGGGAAAUGAUAAACAUUUCUUGCAAAUAUAUUGUAUUUUUGCAAGAUUUUGUAAAUUUUAAAAUCUGGCCAGAGAAAAAGAAGGGAGCAAAGUUACCGACGUUAAUAAAGGAAAAUUUUUUUUUAAUAUUGGUGUAUUAUCUCUUUUUAAUUGCUUUAAAAUCUGCAGAUGCGGUCGUUGCGUAUAUAAGUGGAAAGUUUACGAUCGUUAUAAGUGAUAAUUUCAGUGUAUUUUUAUUAAUCACUCUUUUUUAUAAUAUUUAAAUUUUUAAAUAAAGAAGAAAGCACAGUUAUUUUCAUGCAAAUAUUUGAAAUCGUUUAUUUCGAACUCAAUGUUUACCGAUAAAACGCAAUUUAGUUUUAAGAACAUUUUAAAACUUUUUGCGAAACGUUUAUGGUUGCACGGCGCUUGGCGCCGUCGGCUCGGGGAUAAACGCAUGCGACUCGUUUUCUAUUUCUUAAAUAACAACGACAACAACAGUAACCAAAACAGAGCCACUACAGUGAAACAAUGGUCACAUUCAGUAUGGCGCUCUAUGUGCAGUUACAUGUACACAUAUAACGUACUUAUUUUUGUAAUAUUUUAAAUUUUUUUAACACUACGAAAGCUGAUAAUCACAUAAAAUGCAUUUUGCAUUUCUAUUUUCUGGUAAUUUAUUUGUACAUUUUGUUCUUUUGUUUCGGUAAUCGCAAUUUAAACUUUCUCUCCACAGAUUACUGAGCGCAGACAAGUUUGUUAACUCCUCGAUCAAAUUGUCGAUACGAAACGUAUACUUUUUUCCCAUUAUCCCACCAAAUUUCUCGGAAAAUUAGGAAAAUUUGUAUUAUGUUUUGAUUUGUUUCUUAAUAAUUUCAACAAAAUAAGUGUGUUUACUGUUCCCAGUUUGAAAUUUUCAGACAGUUUUCAAUUGGUUCUUCUUCUUCUAUCUCCAAUAUUACGUCAUAUUUUCAAUCAGCUCUUAAUUAACUCACAAGUUUGUAAUAAUUUCAACUGAGUAUUGCAGUGUGGCCUUCGGAAUCUUAUAGGAUUUUCCACGAUAAUAUGAUGGAUUAUUACUGUAUUUUAUUGAAUUUCUAUCAUUGUUGAGCUUACCAUAUUAGUUUUCCUCUAUUUCUGAAUAAAAGACAUGAAAGAAAUAUGUGUACAUUUUAUUUCAAAACGUCGGUUGAUUUGUUGAUUUGCCAAAAAGCUACCUGUUAUAGUCCUGUUUUAAUUUCUUGUUCGCAAUCCUUCCGGCUAGCUUUUGAUACAACGAAUAUUUAAUCAACUUUUGCCAGUGGCGUAGCAAGCGGUCCCGCUGUCCCGCCGGGCGGGACUAACAAUUUCCAAAAAAAUGAGUAAAUGUUUUAUAGUGAAACCAAAAUCACAGCUUUGCCUAUUUUGAAAAUUUAAAUAUUAAUAAUGAUCAUUUUUCAGUGCUUUCAUUUGUCAUUUAUUUAAAGUUUACGCAAUAUUGCUGUCUGCUCUUUGACCUCUUUGUUGUCUAUAGUAACUGAUACCCUGCAGAAUUAGCUAAUUUCCACGCAAUUUAUUGCUUACUCACGCAAUUCGUGAAUCGCAUGUCUCGUGUUCCGCUGAUUUUCAUGUGGCGGAAUAUUCAAUACUAUCUUAUACAAGAAAUUCUGGUUUCUGGUUUGAUAAUUGGCACAGCGCAUGCCGAGAACGGUUGUUUUUAAUGCCGAAGUCCCGCUAUUUUAUGAAGGCGAAGGUUGUUAAUAUUCAAACCUUUCUGACGAAGCUUCUGCGCGAGUAUUCACGACUAUGACUGUGGUAGGUCAUCAAAUUACUAUUCAUAUCAUAUUUGAUAUUGCUUUUGUGAUUUGUAUACAAUGGCUUCAACGAUCGUGACGAAUCUUAUGGAAAGCCAUAGCGGAAUUUCAUUUCAUUCGGUGCUUUUAGCAUUAUAUAUGUGGUGCUUUUAUCGUUAUACGAGGUGCUCUUUACAUUAUACGCGGUGCUUCGAGUUCAUGCAAUCGAGCAUUAUACGCGAUGAUUUUGACAUUAUAUAUGGGCUACACGCAACAUUAUACAUUAACAUUACUAUACGCGGUGCUUGAAACAUUUAAUAAUAUAAUCAUUAUACGCGGUCGGUAUAACGUUAUACGCGGUACCUUCAGCAUUCUACGCAGUGGUUUUAUCAUUUACGCAGUUCUGUAACUACUUGCUGUGGUUUCAACAUCAUACGCAGUGCUUGAGACAUUAUACGAAGUGCAGUGAUUAAUUAUUCGUUGUGCUGCAGACUCAGUGCAGAGGGCAAUAUUUUUGCUUAGCACAGCACUUCUCUGAGCUCACACAGAUCUUCUCUCGGCCAGAUCGCCGAGAUAAUUUUACGAAGGGAAAAUAUUCCUGUUAGAGGUGUAUCGAAACUUUGUUUAGAGACAUCCUUCCACCCUCGAAUCGCAAAAAAUGCCAUUUCCGAGGUUCUAGAUUUCAAAUUUUCUCGGGGGGGGGGGGUAUGCCCCCGAACCCCCCUAGGAAGGUCGCACCUUCGGCGGGACGAUUUUUUUAGCCAGCUACGCCACUGCUUUUGCGUCCAGAUGAACAUUGUUUGUACUGACACUUAGGAAACCGUGCAUGAUUCUGCGCAAUACAAUUAAAAGCUAAGGGGUAUUAAAAUCCUACCUAAUCUCUCCUUUGGCAGCUCUCCUUAAUUUAUUUGUAUUAUCUUUUCACAGAUAAGUCUCUAAGGUUACAAGGGCCAUUAAUAGGAAAUGGCAUUGGUCGUGUGGAAGUAUUCCACAACGGACAAUGGGGAACAAUUUGCGAUGACAGUUGGGAUAUAAAUGAUGCUAGGGUUGUAUGUCGUCUUCUUGGAUAUACAGAUGGCGUUCGAGCACUUGGAGGAAGUAAUGUUCCAGAUGGUACAGGACAAAUAUGGUUAGAUGAUGUCGCUUGCAUCGGGACUGAACGAAGCUUGUCCAAUUGUUCUCAUAGAGGCUGGGGCAAUCAUAAUUGUGUGCACAGUGAAGACGCUGGAGUUGAAUGUUCAUCAACAGGUAAUAUUAGUUUACUAACUAGAAAAUACGUGUAUGCAAAAACCCCUCGUUUUGCUGACAAAACCAUUGUAUUUUCCUAACAUGAAGUAAUUAAAGUAGUUGUCAUGCUGACACGAUAAUUUUUAAGAAUUAUAGUUUUAAAAUUAAAAAAUCCCCUAAAAAUAUCACUUUUAAUUACAAAAUUGUCAAUUCACCAAACAUAUAUAUGUUAGAUAUGUUAUUAUACGUAAUUUAAGCUUCAAUUUAAGGUAAAAUUCGACCUCAAACGCUUCGCAAGACGUUUUAAAAUGUUCUUUAUAAAACUAUACGGCGUUUAUCGAAAAACGUUGAGUUUGAAAUAAAAUGAUUUCAUAUUCUCGCAUUUAAACAAGUUUGCUUUUUUUAUUUAAAAAUUUUAAUAGAGCCUAAGAAGAAAGGAUAAUCAACAAAGAAAGACUUCAAUUAUAUGCCGUCUUUUUAAAUAAAAAAUAUGCAACAACCAGCAAUUAUAAAGCGAACAAUAGGCCUACAUCAACAUUUAAAACAAACCAAAACAAACCUUCAAUAAAAUAAACCAAAUCCUUCAAAAAAACCUUCAAACAAAUAUCAACCUUUAAACCUUCAACAAAUAAAUAUACUCCAAUAUAAGCUAGCAUUUAACAAAUAUAAACCUUCAACAAAUGAACCUUCAACAAUAGGCCUAUAAACCUUUAUAGCUACAAACUUUUAAACCAAUGAUAAAUAUAAACAUUUAAACCUUCAAAACAAAUAUUUAAAACAAACUUCGUUAACGUCGGCGCCAUUACUUCCUCUUUUAGCAAUUCUUUUAUUACUAUAUUUCCUUAAAAAGCUUUUGAAAUUCACAAAGUCUUACAAAAAUUACAUUAUAUAUUUGCAAGAAAUCAUCAAAUCAAGAAAUGUUUGCUAUUCACAUUAGUUGGGCGCGAAGAGCGACGCAACAACGCAAAUCGAAUGGUCCAAUGGCCUUAAUUGGUUCUAUUCCAAGUACAGUUUAUCAAAUGUUUGGCCAAUAGGUCUACGUGUUGGUUCCGGCAAUUCGGUUUGA